AUGAGGUACAUGCAGGGGUUAAAUGGCUGGCUCGAGCAAGACACACACGAUCGUCACUCGGAGCUCCGUAGGGUUCUCGCGCGAUUAGAUGAAUUGCGAGAUGAUCUGCGGGGUAUACUUGCAUCAGUUCAAGUGGUAAGGACGACCCGACCAUCUACAAGCGGAGGUAAUCCUCCAGAUCGACAUCAUCAGCCACAACCUUUUAGGCCGCGCCGUUUUUCUGAAUCCCAAAUGCCAACACCGCACCAUUUUGAAGGACUACAAAUGCGUCAACCCCGUCAUGUAACUGAGCUUCCGCCUGGUUUUCAACCAUUUCCUACGCAACCUGUCAUACCACCAGUCAUCCCUGCAGAGUAUCACACACCAACUCCAUCUUUUUCGCCUGUUAUUCCUCCCGUUAUACCUGCAGAGCAUCACACGUCGACUCCACCCUUUACUCCAUUCAUUCCUCCGGUAUCAGUUGCCCCCGCGGGGCAUCGCACGCCAACCCCACCCUUCACCCCAGUCAUACCUCAGAUGCCUUAUCAACGAUCGCCGUUCAAUAUAUAUCGUCAACCAUACGUUCCUGUGAUACCAACGGAUAGCUUCCGUCCUCCAAGUCGGAUGCGUCCAACGUCGCCUCAACAACACGAAGAGGAGCCACCUAUUCCCUUCAUCCCACCUCCUUUAACCGGAAGUCAGAGUGCUGGGUCAUUGAGGCAGUAUUCAAUGCUAAUGCGGGGACCCACUUCUAUACCGGGGUAUGAGUAG